UCUCCAAGCACCUCGGCCACAAAAGACGACAUCUCCUUUACCACCGAUCUAUCGGGACCAACAUACUUAUCGGCCUCAACCGGGUUCUCAACAUCAACCGGGUUCUCAACAUCAACCGGGUUCUCAACAUCAACCGAGUUCUCAACAUCAACCGAGUUCUCAACAUCAACCGAGUUCUCAACAUCAACCACUGAAGAUGGCAUCCAAACGGGCACAGACGGCAUCGAAAGGGGCACAGGAUCACCAGACCAAGACGACGGAAGACGACCGCCG